UGUUUACUAAACAGGAGAACCAAAAUAAACAGCUGUUGAGCAUGCGAAACACGUUCAGACUUCUGCUGUGCUCGGCUUGUUGCAGUACAAAACAAGGAUUACUUUUGCAGUUCAACGAAUAGGAAAAAAGAGUUGUGAAGCUGCUUAUUUGUUUUUGCUUUCAUGUGCCGGUACACGGGAAGCAGACACCUUGAAUAUGGAUGAGACCGAAACGCAGGUGAAACAUGGCAACUACCACAACUACUACCAGUUCCGGGCAGAGGACAGCAGAUCGGACAUAUUGCGAGAGUGCUUGCGAACGUUUUGGAACGGCAACAACCAGAAUACGGUGGUGCACAUGAUUGACGUCGGCUGCAACUCCGGCCGGUUCACAGCGAAGGUACGCGACGUACUGGAGCAGGUAGGCGCCCGAGUAAAGGCGGUUGGCAUCGACAUCGAUGAAGAGCUGUGCGAUCGAGCCAGAGCUGAAUUUCCCGACAUCGAGUUCAUCGGCGGGAACAUACUGACCAUUGCCCGGCAAGCAGCGACCACCGACAACGGCUCGGACCCAAUCGAACAAUGCAUGAUGCGGUUAGGCAUCGAGCGGUUCGAUGUAGUUUGUUGCUUUUCCGUACUGAUGUACGUCCACCUCAACGGCGGCGAUGCUGGGCUGCGGCGUGUGUUGGACUACUUGUGCGAUAAGGGCCAAUUGCUUAUACUGGAGCUGCAGGCAUGGAAAAAGUAUCGCGACCAGGUACGUCGACUGAAACGGGACGCGUGCCAAGCGUAUCCACUGUACGAGGAACUUGAGUGGAGAGGCGGUGGCGGAGUGCUGGAGGACCACAUCAAGGUUUACGUACGAUCGAAAGGGUUCGAAAUGGUCUCGGAAAGCGCUGAAAAGAGUGAGUUCGAUAGGCAGUUAAUAUUUUUUAAGAAGCGCCAACAGCCUUUGUGAUCAAAUAAACGCCACGAACAUUUCAGGCGCCCUGUUUAGAACAGU